AUGGGCCGUUUCCUGGCCCUCGUUGGCUUAGCCAUCCUCAGCGUGGCUUCAGCGCAGAAUUGGGGGCAAGAUAGCGGUGAGUAAUCCGGUAAACCCUGAUGUAACGAAUAAAAUUGCAGUAAGCGACGGCGAAAUUAUCCCUGCUGAAGCCGGAUUCCCCUGUCAUUCGUUACCCAAAGAGAAUUACACUUGCAGCGAUUGUAUCCAAUUCCACGACUCUUGUGCUUGGUGCGAAGACUUUGUAAGUUAUGGUUUAUGUCUUACAGUUUCGGUGUUUAGGAAUUCAACAAAGAGACCUCAUUCUCCCGAUGUGACUCUUCUCAGAAUCUGUUGGAUCACGGGUGUGCUGCCAAUGCCGUUGUGAAUCCUCAGAGUCAUCUUCGAACGAUUGCUUCCGAUCCCUUUGUAGACGGAGGGGAUGAAGAUGACAACGUGCAGCUGAGACCACAGGAAGUCGAAAUCAGAAUCCGACCUCGUAAGUGCAAACAGUUUCAUAUACAUCUAGACGAUAUGCGAUUUCUGAUAAUUGCUCUUUCAGAUUCCAAAGCUCGGUUUGAUGUGACCUUCAGACAGGCUGUUGAUUAUCCAGUAGAUCUCUACUAUUUGAUGGACUUGUCCUACUCCAUGAAGGAUGACAAAGAGAAGCUCAGUCAACUGGGAGAUCUUCUUGGUAAGGUCUAUUCAAAGCCUGACUUGAAUAAUGUAAUCCUUUCAGCGGAACGAAUGAAAGAGAUUACCAAGAACUUCCGUCUUGGCUUCGGCUCAUUCGUCGACAAGAAAGUGAUGCCAUUCAUUGAUCCUCGAAAAGAGAAACAGGAUUCUCCUUGUUCCGAAGGUUGUGCUCCAACUUAUGGGUUCAGGAAUCAGAUGAGUCUCACCACAAACACCAACAAGUUUUCGGUAAAUUAACUUUUUGCAUUUUAUAUAGAUAACUUUGUUAUCCAACAAAACUAUUUUCAGAAAGAAGUAGAGAAAGCCGAGAUCUCCGGUAAUUUGGACGCCCCCGAGGGUGGAUUCGAUGCGGUUGUCCAAGCCAUCGCCUGCAAUGUAAGCAUUCUGUCGUUAAUUUUGACGCAUUUAGAGCACAAUCGGAUGGAGAGAACGCUCUCGUAAAAUGAUCGUUCUCUCGACUGACGCUGGAUUUCAUUUUGCCGGAGAUGGAAAGGUAAGGAAUACGUUUUUGAUUUGGUUUAAUAGAAUUUUUCCUUUAGCUUGGAGGCAUUUUGACUCCCAACGACGGCGAAUGUCAUCUGGAUGCUCAAGGAUACUACACAAAGUCCACUGAACAGGACUACCCAUCGGUCGCUCAACUCCACAAGAUCAUCAAGGACAACAAAGUGAACAUGAUCUUUGCGGUCACCAAGAAAAACAAGAAACUUUACGAUCAGGUAUGACAUUUAUAAACUUUAAUGCUUGUCCUUUAGUUGAGUGAAGCUCUUCCUGAUGUCAGUUCUUCCGUCGGAGUCUUGGCUACAGACUCUUCCAACAUCGUCACUCUGAUCGAAGAGGAAUACGGUAAAAUUGCGGAAAAGAUUAUCAUGGUUGACAACGCCAACUCCUCCAUGGGAUUGAAGCUGAGCUAUCGUUCCAAAUGCUUGGAGUAAGUACCGGUCGAUGUUGAAUUACCUUUUCUUUUAGCGGAACAAGCUUGAAAGACACCAAUGUUUGUGAAGGAAUUAAAGUAGGAGAUGAAGUGACUUUUGAAGUUACUCUGGAAGCCACUCAUUGUGUCAAGCAACGCGACUUCGAACUUCACAUUGGUCCCUCUGGUCUGGAUGAGACCCUUCUUUUGAACGUUCAUGUCAUCUGCGAUUGUGAUUGUGAGGAUGAAAUCGUGAUCAAUGCUCCGGAAUGCGGAGGUCAUGGCAAUCUGGUCUGUGGUAUCUGCCAAUGUGCUCCAGGCUUCGUUGGAGAUCAAUGCCAAUGUGAAUCUGGGGGAGAAUCGGCUAUCGCUUUAGAAGCCAAGUGUAGAAAGUAAGACUAGAUUAUAUGUAUAUUUUCGCAUUUUAUGAGACAUCUUUGUCCAUUUUGCAUCGUUAUCUUUCCAGAGACAACAGCUCUUUGAUCUGCUCGGGUCGUGGUCGAUGUGAGUGUGGAGUCUGUGUUUGCAACACCCGUCAGAACCCCGAGGAAAUCAUCUCUGGGCAAUAUUGUGAAUGCGAUAACUUCAAUUGCCCUCGCCACGAUCGCAAACUCUGUGGAGGCCAUGGAACUUGUAAUUGUGGGGUCUGUCACUGCGAGGAAGGAUACACUGGCCCAGCUUGUGAAUGCCCAUUGUCGACCGAAACUUGUCUUUCGAAGAAUGGAAAGAUCUGUAAUGGACAUGGAGAUUGUAUCUGUGGAAAAUGUCAUUGUCAUACUGAUGAGGAUGGCCAAAGAUACUCGGGACCUUUCUGUGAUAUCUGCCCUACAUGCCCAACUAAGUGUGUUGAGUACAAACCUUGUGUGAUGUGUCAGCAAUGGGGAACUGGACCUUAUAAUGAGAGCAAAUGUGCGGAAUGUCCGUUCACAGUCAUUCCGGUCAAGGAAUUGCCAGGUACGUCGGUUUAGAUUAGUUUGCCAUACUAGUAAUAUUUCAUUAUUACAAUCUUUGUUUUAGUUCUGAAUGCCUCCGAUUCCGAGACCUGGAACGAAUGUCAAUUUGUCGAUCCAGCAGAUGAUUGUACCUUCUACUUCCUCUAUUAUUAUGAUGGUUACAGUAAUCUGACGGUGUGGGUGAAGGAAGAAAAGGAUUGUCCGGCUCCCUUGCCAGUCCUGGUCAUUGUUUUGAUGGUCAUUGCUGGUAUUGUUCUUCUCGGGCUGUUGUUGUUAUGCCUGUGGAAGAUCUUGGCUGUGAUGUAUGACAGAAGAGAAUAUGUGAGGUUCGAAAAGGAGAGAUUGAAUGGAAAAUAUGAUUCGGUAAGUGGGGUAACAAAGGCUUUAUUUUGCAUGUUGUGAUCAGUUAGCGUUUUGAGGUUUAGACUAUUAACUUACAUUUUAUUUUUAUCGUUUUGGUUCGUCUGUGGAAUAUCUUUUUGUUUUUUUACAUCUCACAUUUUUCAUUGAUUUAAGUUUUAUUCACCUGUUCUAACAUCUUGACUUUAUCUAACCAACGGCAAUAGAAAAAUAAGAUUACUGUAUUCUUUAUAGAAUGAGAAUCCCAUCUUCAAACAAGCCACCAGCACAUUUAAGAACCCGUUGUAUUCGGGAGAUCGAGUCAAACUCAAUUAG